AUGUGUGUCUUACGUGUGUCAUUUACAAUGCAGACAUGGGUUUUUUCUCACAGAAAGAAAUGUUACGUUCAGUACACUUAUUAGUUCAUUGUUGUCUGUUUAUGGAAAACUGAACUGUUUGUUGAGAUUUCAGGUGGGUGGCCUCAUGGAGUCUUUUAACAUGACAGACUUAAACUGGAACUUCUGUCCAGCCAAAAAUAACAUAUUAUGUGCGUUACUCUAUAUUUCUAUUUCCUUUUUGACUGCAGUGACAGUAUGUGGAAAUCUUCUUGUGAUAAUCUCUAUCAUUUAUUUUAAACAGCUCCACACUCCUACUAACUACCUUAUCCUCUCCCUAGCAGUGGCUGACCUGCUAAUAGGAGCUUUAAUCUUUCCUUUUAAUAUGGCAUUUUCUGUAAAAACGUGUAUGUAUCAGAGCACUUUAAAAUGCUUAAUACAAAAGGCCUUUGACUUUAUAGUCAGUUCGUCUUCCAUUCUAAACUUGUGCUGUAUUUCGAUUGAUAGAUAUUAUGCAGUGUGCCAUCCUUUAAUAUAUAAAACUAAAUUAACUGAUCAUGUUUCCACGAUGAUGGGCCUGGGGAGCUGGGCUGUUUCAGUUUUAUUUGGAAUAUGUAUAUUUUUAAUGGAUUAUUAUUACGAUUUAUGUAGAAUAGGGUGUUUUUUCAUGAGUGGUAUUGUAUCCAUUUUAGCAUUUUAUGUCCCAGCAAUAAUACUGCUCUGUGUCUACUCUAAAAUUCUACUUGUUGCACUGAAACAAGUAUCCAGCCUCCAGAAUGCAACCUCUCAGUCUGGACCGGUUGGCAGUAAGAAGGAGAGAAAGGCAACGAAAACAAUGGCUAUAGUCAUGGGAUUAUUUUUGAUAUGCUGGCUGCCUAUUUUUAUCUCUUACCCCUUUUAUACUUUGAGUAACAUUGUUAUUGAUUUAAUUGAACCCUUUAACUGGUUUGCACUUUCAAAUUCAAUGUUAAAUCCGUUUAUUUAUGCUUUCUUCUACCACUGGUUUAGGUCAGCUUUCAGGAUGAUGAUUUCUAGAAAAAUAUUUCGAGGCGAUUAUGUUAACACAAAGCUGCACUGACUGUUCAUGUCCAUAAAUAUUACUAUAACUAUUAACAAAAUUAACAAAGAUGUUCCAUUCUAUCUUCUGUAUAGUAUUUGUUUCACAGAUGGACUAUUAUUUGUUUCAUUAUUAUUUAUCUCAUGGACUGUUUGUGUGUCUAAUCAGUUAUAGCCGAGUGUCCACAAUAUCGUAAAAAAUCUAUUCUCUAAAACAAGUUUACAAGUUUUAUUUCUGACAUGCUGGCUGCCUCAUUUUAUCUGCCAUCGUUUUUGUUCUUUGAGUAACAUUGUUUGUAAUUUAACUGUUUAACUGGUUUGAACUUUCAAAUUCAAUGUUAAAUCCAUUUAUUGAUGCUUUCUUCUACUGCUCGUUUAGAUUAGCUUUCAUGAUUUCUUGAAAUACAUUUUUAAGUGAUUUUGAUAACAUAAUUCUGCAUCUUAUGUUCAUGUACCUAAUGUAACUGUUAUGAAUAAAAUAAUAAUAAUAUUAUAAUUAUAUCAUAUGCCAUGCCACAUUUACAAUAUUAUGGUCUACAUAUUCUUCACAUCAUGUAACUCUUGUACAUACACAGAAGGUUUAGGUAUUUACAACUGUGCUUUUGUGUUGUCACAUACAGUAACUGUCACUGUCACCUACAAGAAGAAUGAGUUAAAAUAAUCAGUCAAAACACUUACAGACCUUCAUGAGUUAUCAAUAAAUUAUUGUUACUGUUCUCUGGGUAAAUUGUUACUGUUCUCUCAGUAAAUAUGUUUUAACUGGCUAUUUUGUAUAAACCCCUUACAAAGACAUUGUUGCAAUGUGAGAUCACAGUAUCAGUGGGACCUUUGUGUGUUAAUGAGAUUAUAGGUUACACUGUCACCAUUAA